CCACAGAAGUGCAGAUCUUUUUCUUUUUAUUUUUUUUUAGCCGUAUCAUACCUUAAUAUUAUUUAGCCUUUUCUGCUGCCACUCCGAUUCAUCAAAUCCCCAUGAACACAGCCCCCACUACAACACUCCACCCCCACAAUUUACCCUUUUUUUUAUUUUUUUAUUUUCCUUUCUGAUCAUAGUUACUAUAUAAAUCGUCAGCAUGGUUAAAUUUUCUCUCACUUCUGUAGGUAGAAGCCGUGUUUGUUUGAUUUAAGCGUUGUUGUUUUGGUUUUGUUAAUUUUCUUGGAAGUCCUUCAGGGAAGUUUGAUUUCUUGAUUUGGCUGGAAUGGAGAAUUAUCAGUGCUACAAUGAAAGGCAUGAAGCUUUGCCUCCUGGGUUCAGAUUCCACCCCACUGAUGAAGAACUCAUCACUUACUACCUCCUGAAGAAGGUUCUUGACUGCAACUUCACCAGCAGAGCAAUUGCUGAGGUUGAUCUCAACAAGUGUGAGCCCUGGCAUCUUCCAGGCAAAGCAAAGAUGGGGGAGAAAGAGUGGUACUUUUUCAGCCUACGUGACCGGAAAUACCCAACCGGGUUAAGAACCAACAGGGCUACAGAAGCGGGGUACUGGAAGGCUACAGGGAAAGACCGGGAAAUUUACAGCUCAAAAACUUGCUCAUUGGUGGGGAUGAAGAAAACCCUAGUUUUCUACCGGGGAAGGGCCCCGAAAGGAGAGAAGAGCAACUGGGUCAUGCACGAGUACCGCCUUGAAGGGAAGUUUGCUUAUCACUACUUGUCCAGAAAUUCCAAGGGCGAGUGGGUGAUUUCCCGGGUGUUUCAGAAGAGUGGCGCUGGCAGUUCCUCCGCCUCAGGCGGUGGCAAGAAGAGACCCCCAGGGGGCAUCAACACCAAUCCUGAGGUCAGUUCCCCGUCAUCUGUUUCCUUGCCGGCACUUCUGGAGCCUUCCACCGCCUCCACUGACCGCGAGAGCUGCUCCUACGACGGUGGCGUCGCCAACGCCAAGGAGCACGUGCCCUGUUUCUCCACGACUGCAGCCCCAAGUUUCAACCACAACUCCCUCUUCGAGCUCCCGCCGCCGCCGCCGCCCCCGCCGUAUUUGAAUGCACUUCUCCAUGAUCCGUCGUCAUCAUCAUCUUCUGCUCCCCGUUUCCCGAGGCAUAGCUUUGGAGUCUCGGCAUUUCCGAGCCUGAGAUCCCUCCAGGAGAACCUCCAGUUGCCUUUCUUUUUCUCUGCGGCGGCUCCUCCAGCCAUGCACGGCGGCGCCGAUCCAUCGGGUUACGGAUCUGCUGGCCAAUGGUCUGUGCCAGAAAAUCAGAGAAUGGGCUCGAGUGAGCUCGAUUGCAUGUGGGGUUACUAGUGGAGGAAGUCCUAUUAAUUAGUUUGCUUUAGUUGAAUUCCUAAUCAUGCGGGUAAUUUAGGUGUGUUUAUGUUUGAUCAUUUAGGUAUGCUUUGGGAUGUUGUACUUUUACGCAUCGAAGUCGUACUUUAGGCCUAGUCUUUUGUUGUGAACCCGUGUUAUUCUGAUUAAUUAG